GGAAAAACGUGCAAUUAAAUAUUUUUUUGGGGUAAUUUUUAAAAAACACAGAAUGAAAACUGGAGCAAAUUUUAAGGACCUCUAGUCAACAAAUUUUCAUUUUUUUCCUGGAAUUUUAGCCCAACCAUGGUGGGUGGGCACUGUAUGUGGGUGUGCCCGCCACAAAUUCAAAUUCAAGGAUUUCUCAAUCGAAAUAACGCGUGAAAUUUGAUGGCACACACCCUUAUUGGGUGUUAUUUCAUGACACCACAUUGUGGUGGUCAACAAAAUUUUCAUUUAUGUUAUAAUUCUUCACUCUUUUUCCACCAUUCCAAACAUGUUCCGAGUAAACUCGGUUGAGACAAACUCACUCCCACUCUCAAUCUCAUCAAUAUACUCUGCUAGAGAUGUACAAACAGCACAGAAUUGGAUGUUUUUGCUAUGUUCAAUCUUAAAUCGUAGACAAACACGACUGCUUUCACUUUAAAAACCUAUACCAACAUGGGGUGUGUGAGGGUUUACUUGUAUCACUUAUCCUAAGCUGGAUGAUUAGGUCAAAGAUCAGUUGUUCCCUUUUUUAUUUCUUAACGGUGACAGUUCCGGUAAGGAAAAAGAAAGAAAUAACUGAUAGUUGGGUGAAAAAAGUGAUAGUUCAGCUGUGUUUUUUUUACCAUUAUCUCCUAUGUACGCUAUAGUAUUUCUUUUGAAAAAUUAAAGAAUGAAACCUAGAUGGAUGUGAUGAUCUCCAGUGUUCUUUUUGAAACAUCUAAUUUGUAAGUAAAUCACAUAAUUGGCGUUUAUGUACUAGUAAGUAAUAGUAGGUAUAUCUUUUUAAGUCCACUUUCACCACACUGCAACUAUUCAGCGCAAUGUUGGAAGAGAUGCUGGCAGAGUUGUCAAGGAGAGAAAAGGAAGCAAAUAUAAAGCCAGACCCUGAUGUUGACAUGUUUAUGAAGGCAACAUCAGUCCAAGGGAAGGAGCCCAAUAUCAUAACAGAUUAUAUACUAAAGAUAUUGGGUCUUGACAUAUGUGCUGAGACACUAGUUGGUGAUGAGAUGAUACGAGGGAUUUCUGGUGGACAGAGAAAGAGACUCACCACAGGAGAGAUGAUGGUUGGACCAGCAAGAGCUCUAUUUAUGGAUGAAAUAUCAACUGGAUUAGACAGUUCAACAACCUUCCAAAUUGUCAAAUCUAUUAGACAAUCCAUCCACAUUCUUAAGGGAACUGCUCUUAUCUCGCUCCUUCAGCCUGCACCAGAAACUUUUGGCCUUUUUGACGACAUAAUUCUUUUGGCGGAUGGGCAAAUUGUGUAUCAAGGUCCACGUGAAGAUGUUCUUGAAUUUUUCGAGUAUAUGGGGUUUAAAUGUCCUAGGAGAAAGGGAGUAGCUGAUUUUUUGCAAGAAGUGACAUCUAGGAAAGAUCAGGAGCAGUACUGGGCAAGGACAGAUGAGCCGUACAAAUUUGUUUCAUCCACGGAGUUCUUUGAAGCAUUUCAGUCCUUUCAUGUCGGACGCGAACUUGCAAAUGACCUUUCUGUUCCUUUUGACAAGGCCAACAGGCAUCCUGAUGCUCUAAUCACCAAGAAGUAUGGCGUUAAAAGGAUGGAACUUUUGACAGCUUGCAUCUCUAGAGAAAUCCUUCUCAUGAAGAGGAAUUUAUCUGUCUACUUGUUCAAGAUUAUUCAACAUCUGUUAUUGGCUUUUAUAACAAUGACACUGUUCCUGCGAAUCAAGAUGCCCAAGGACACAGAGAGAGAUGGAUUCAUCUUCAUGGGUGCCUUGUUCUUUACAAUCAUUGCCGCUAUGUUCAAUGGGUGCUCAGAGGUUCCUUUCACUAUCUUGAAGCUUCCAGUCUUCUUCAAGCAGCGCGGCCUUCUCUUCUUUCCUGCAUGGGCUUAUACUUUGCCUGCAUGGAUGGUCAAGAUCCCAAUCUCAGUUGUAGAGUCUGCCAUUUGGGUUUGUAUGACAUAUUAUGCAAUAGGAUUUGAUCCUGACAUCAUAAGGUUCUCCAAGCAGUUAUUGCUGGUGAUAUGUGUUGACCAGAUGGCUUCUGGAUUAUUUCGCUUGACAGCAGCUGUCGGAAGGAAGAUGAUAGUUGCAAACACAUUGGGAUCUCUUGCAUUACUUCUCGUUCUUGUAAUGGGUGGAUUCAUAAUGUCUCGAGCUGAUGUAAAAAAAUGGUGGUUAUGGGGUUACUGGUGCUCUCCUAUGAUGUAUGCACAAAAUGCCAUUGCUGUAAAUGAGUUUCUCGGCAAAAGUUGGAGUAAUGAUGCUCCUGGCUCAACAAAUACACUAGGAGUUGUAGUCCUAAAGGAUCGUGCAAUUUUUCCUGAUGCAUACUGGUAUUGGAUUGGAGUAGGUGCACUGCUAGGAUACAUUGUUUUGUUCAAUUUUAUGGCUACGCUGGCCUUAACUUACCUCAAACCGUUUGGGAUAUCUCGUGCAGUUUUGCCUGCUGAAACAGUUGCUGAAAGGAACACAAAGAUAAGGUUAUCAACAGGAGAAAUGCAAAAUGAUGGCCAAAGAAAUGCACCUAUUCGAGAAGCCAAGUCAAUCAAGAAGAGAGGGAUGAUUUUACCAUUUCAACCUCUUUCACUAGUUUUUGAUGAUAUCAGAUAUGCAGUCAAUGUGCCUCAGGAAAUAAAAUCUCGAGGUGUUUGUGAGGACCGGUUAGAGCUUUUGAAGGGAAUUAGUGGUGCUUUCCGGCCUGGAGUCCUUACAGCUCUAAUGGGUAUUAGUGGAGCUGGAAAAACCACUUUGAUGGAUGUCUUAUCUGGUAGAAAGACACAUGGAUAUACAGAAGGAAGCAUAACUAUAUCAGGAUAUCCGAAGAAGCAAGAAACAUUUGCUCGAAUUGCGGGAUAUUGUGAACAAAUGGAUAUUCAUUCUCCUAAUCUUACAGUAUAUGAAUCAUUGCAAUUUUCAGCUUGGCUUCGGUUGCCACAAGAAGUUGACAGCUCAACCAAAAAGAUGUUCAUUGAAGAGGUUAUGGAGCUUGUGGAGCUAACCCCACUGAAGGAAGCACUUGUUGGAUUGCCCAGUGGGAGUGGCCUUUCGGUUGAGCAGCGCAAGAGACUUACUAUAGCUGUUGAGCUUGUUGCCAAUCCAUCUAUAAUAUUCAUGGAUGAACCAACCUCAGGCCUCGAUGCUAGAGCAGCUGCCAUUGUGAUGAGAACAGUUAGAAACACAGUUGAUACUGGUCGAACAGUCGUAUGUACGAUCCACCAACCGAGCAUCGACAUCUUUGAUGCAUUUGAUGAGUUGGUGCUUCUAAAACAAGGAGGUGAAGAAAUCUAUGUCGGUCCAUUAGGCCACCAUUCGUCCCAGUUAAUCAAAUACUUUGAGGGAAUAAACGGAGUACCUAAAAUCAAGGAUGGUUAUAAUCCUGCCACUUGGGUGUUAGAGGUCACAUCUAAAGCACAAGAAGCUGCCCUUGGCAUUAAUUUCGCAGCACUAUAUAAAAGCUCAGAACUAUACAGAAACAAUAAAUCUUUCAUCAGAGAAACAAGUAUGCCAAUCCCAGGUUCAAAAGAAUUGAAUUUCUCCUCUAAGUACUCCCGGUCUUUCUUCAACCAAUGCAUGGCUUGCCUUUGGAAACAGCAUUGGUCAUAUUGGAGAAACCCGUCAUACACUGCUGUCAGAAUUCUUUUUACGUCAUUCACUGCCCUCAUGUUUGGAACAGUUUUUUGGGAUCUUGGUUCUAGAAGGAGAAGGCAGCAAGAUCUUUUUAAUGCAGCAGGUUCCAUGUAUGCAUCUGUUCUAUUUCUUGGUAUACAAAAUGCUGCUGUAGCACAGCCAGUUGUUUCCAUUGAGAGAACAGUCUUCUACAGGGAAAGGGCUGCGGGCAUGUAUUCAGCCUUUCCAUAUGCUUUUGGUCAGAUUGUCAUUGAGCUUCCUUACAUUCUUGUUCAAACAGUUGUGUUUGGAGUGAUAGCAUAUGGCAUGAUAGGAUUUGAGUGGACAAUAACCAAGUUCUUUUGGUAUCAAUUCUUCAUGUUUUUCACCUUGUUCUACUUCACGCUUUAUGGGAUGAUGACAGUAGCUGUUACUCCAAACCUGGGUGUUGCUGGAAUAAUCUCUAAUUUCUUUUAUGCAAUGUGGAAUCUCUUCUCUGGUUUUGUUGUCCCAAAAACUAGAAUUCCACUGUGGUGGAGAUGGUAUUAUUAUAUAUGUCCUGUCUCAUGGACAUUGUAUGGAUUAGUUGCUUCUCAGUUCGGGGACCUAACAGAUGAACUUGAGGAUAAUGAAACAGUCGAGCAAUUCGUGAGGAGUUAUUUUGGAUUCGAUAGUGACUUUCUGCCAUAUGUUUCGAUCAUCAUCAUUGGAUUUUGUGUACUCUUCGGCUUCACUUUUGCCUUCUCUAUCAAGGCUUUUAACUUCCAAAGAAGAUAAAAGCAUUCUAAGAUGUGAUUUUGAAGGAGAGAAGCGAAAGCAGUUAAAACCUCUCUUGUUCGGUCACCGAGAAGUCGGACUUAGCUUAAUUGUAUGAAAGAGGGUGCCUAAUGCUUCUCUGCUUCAAUUUCACGGACAAUACAUCUUUCAAGUACAGUGCUUGCUGCUUUUGAACACUUGUAUCUUAUACAAUGUUACUAUUAGAACGUUUUUACUGCAUAUUCUUCAUGUUGUUACUACUUAUUCUUUAUUGUUACUAGAUUAUUUACUGCAUAGGUUGUUAUUUUAGUUUCCACUAUUUUAGGAGUCCAUCAUAAUCUUUUCCUUGAUUUCUGGUAUAGUUCCACUGUAGGAGGAGACUUUGUUAGUUUGUUUUGUGUAUUGGAAUUUUAAUUGACAUAAUCCAUACAAAAUUUGGAUUAAA